AUGAUUCCUCUACCUACUGAUCCAGGGCCAAUCACUGUCAAGGCUGCUGAUUUCGAUAAUGAUCGAUUUUUAGAUCUUGUUGUUACUAAUUAUGAUGGAGACACUACAAGUAUAUUUCUCGGAUAUGGAAAUGGCGGUUUUAAGAAACAGAUAGAUCUUUUGAAUAGGCCAGGUGCUAAACCACUUGGAAUUGCUAUUGGAGAUAUAAACAAAAAUAAUCAAUUAGAUGUUGUUGUUGCAAAUAGAAAUGCUAGUAAUGUUGGAGUAUUUUUCGGACAAGGUCAUGAAAUGUUUUCAACACAAACGACAUUUUCUACAGGAAUCGGCUCUACUCCUGUGGGACUCGCUCUUGGCGAUUUGAACAAUGACAAUAUUCUAGAUCUGGUAGUUACCGAUCAUGAAAAUGGCAGACUAGUUGUAUUUCUUGGAACUGAUACUGGAACACUUACAGAAAAAGCAGUACUAGUCACUGGUCAUCGUGCAGAAUCAUAUUUAGUCAUUACGUAUGAUUUUAAUAAAGAUCAUCGACUUGAUAUUGCCGUUGGUGAUGGUGAUUGA